UGCCCUGGGGUUGACCUGAAGACUGACGAUGCCAAGGUAUUGUACAUUGACAACUUUGCAGUGCUGUCAUCUUCCCCUGGCCGCGCUGCCACAGCAGCCAAGGCCAUGCAGUCGGCCUUGGCAGCGCGCGGAGUGGUCUCGGAGCUGGACCCCGACUCCUGCGAGCGCGGGGAGCUGCUGGGCUGCGAGCUCGACCUGCGCACUGGCUGCUGGCAGGUUCUGGGGCGGCGGCUCUGGCGGAUAUAUGGAGCGCUGGGGCACGCGCUCGGGAAGCGGGCCAGGGUGACUGGCCAGGAGCUCGAGCGCCUCAUCGGCCACCUGGUGUCACUUCUGAUGCUGCGCCGAGGGGACCUCGCCAUGCUCCACGCCUCCUACGAGUUCGCGAGGGCAUCCUACACCAAGCGGCAGCCGCUCUGGAAGAGCGUGCGCCGCGAGCUGGCUUGGGUGAAGUCCUUGCUGCCGUGCCUGCGCGCGGGCACUACGCUGCCUUGGAGCGACGUGGUCACCUGCUUUGACGCGUCGCCCUGGGGCUACGGCAUCGUCGAGGCCGAGUGGGACCUCGAUAGUGUACAGCGAGUUGGGCGAGUCUCGGAGCGCACGCGCUUCCGGGGGCUGCUGGCGGCCGAGGGGGCCCCCCGCGAGCGCGCGCUGGAGCAGGAUAUCGCGCGGGCCCCUGGGCCCGCCCUGCUGCCUGCUGGCCGCGCUGCAGGCUUCCCAGAGGUCGACUACGAGAAGAUGCAGGCGCAGCCUUGGCGCGUGGCGGGCUGCGGCCGCUGGAAGCGCAAGGAGGCCAUUCAUGGCCUGGAGGGGGCCGCCCUGACCUGGGCAGUGCGGCGAGCGGCACGGGGCGCUCGACAGCGCGGGUCGCGACGAUUGUUUCUCGGAGAUAACAUGUCCCUCACCCUUGCUGCUGCCAAAGGUCGUGCUGCCUACCAUCGUCUGUUGGGCGUCUGUCGUGUGAUCUUUGCCAUCGGCGUCGCAGCAGAUAUGAAGAUGCAGGUCAGGCCAGACUUGGCCGGGCGGCGCGCAAGGCUUGGCCGCGUUCGCUUGGCGAGCGACUUCGACCAGAGGAGGCGCCAGCUCUGCCCCCGCCAGACCCGCCUCGCGGCCGCGAAGGUACGCCCUCACACUCAGGAGCUGUGCCUGGGGACGGUCCUUGGGCUGGUGCGCUGGCUUGGCUUGGAGUGCCUCCUGGACUGGCCGCGGCAGACCUGGGACGAGGUGCUGGCAGGGUACGCAAAGGCGAUCUACAACCGCGGCAGCUCGAAUGGGAAGCCUCUCAGUGGCUUGGCCGUCCUGACAAUGUUCGAGACGUACAUGUGGCCAUCGGAAGUGCUGGCCCUGCGAGCCCGCCAGGUUGUUCUGCCACUGCCGAAAGAAGGGGGCGCCUCAGUGUUUAUGACGUUUGUGGUCCGAGCUUCAGAGCUUCAGGUCCCGACCAAGACGAACGAGUACGACAUCUCGGUGCCGCUGGACUUGCAGCGGCAACAAUGGCUGGUAGAGUCGAUUUCCUUCGUCCAAGCGUUGCGGGAGCCAGACGUGCUGGUCCUUGGCCUCAGCUACACCGAGCUGGCCGCAGACUUCAGCAGUGCGAUCUCAGCUCUGGGUGUGACCGUACUCAAGCCCACCCUCUACUCCCUCCGGCAUGGAGGGGCCAGCCACGACGCGAGCACGGGCGCCAGAAGCUUGGGCGCCGUGCAGCAGCGCGAAGGAUGGAAGGCGUUCAAGUCAGUGCUCAGGUACGAGGAGCACGGACGCCUGUCGAUGGAGCUUCGCAAGUUGUCCGACCAUCCCCGCGAUGCGCUGCGAGCCGCAGGACUGGUUCACAUCGGCGUCUUCAACAGGUCCUGGGUGCGGCACUUCGCAGCGCGCCGCAUCAGUCCCGAGUUUGCGUGGAG